AUGGGAUCUAUUAAUCGGAAACUAUCAACAGUCUCGAUUCUGAAACCUUCCUAUCAACGACCCAACCUUCAACUGUCACUCUUUUCUGGUCGUAAAAGCAUUGAAAUUGCAAAUACUCCAUUGGAUACUUACCCAAAUCCAUUAUACAGCAUGGAUAAAGAGCAGAUCCGGGCUCUCAAGCCGGCUGAAUAUAUGCAUUUACUUCAGAUUCCAUAUAAAAAUGUGUCUGAAACUGAUAAAUUUUGUUGGCAUAUCACUGAACUAGUGAAUGAAAAUAUCAUUUCUGACUCUAGAAGAGCAUCUAUAUUGCUCAUGUGCAUAGCAGACAAUGAACUAACCGAUAGAAUAGUAUCGGCAUUGUCUGCAUUCUAUAAAAAUGAUAUAAUUAAACAAUCCAUCUUAACAUACAUGACAACCCCAUCUAAUCCAUCAUGGCAUAAACUAUUAAAUUCAACUUUGGAAUACAUACUAAAGAGUCAAGAGUCUCUGGAACCUAUUCUCAAGUACUUGGAUACCCUUGCAUCGAUACAAAGAAUGAAUGAAAUUCCAAUCAUAUGGAAACCUUCAUUUUUCAAUAAAAUAUCAAAACUAAUUCCGAGAUCAGAUUAUGCCACAUUCUUUUCUUGUUUAUUUAAUCUCAACAUUCAACCAUACCUUCCAUAUCAACUCAAUCCUAUUAAAUCGGUCUUGGCUGGAGGUUCCAAUUUGGAGAAGUAUGUUCUAAGAACUGGUUUACUUCAUGCAAAGUGGCACGAUACACAAUUGGUUGACUUUGACGAAUUGCAUAAACAAAAAAUGGUUCAGUUUUAUUCCAUGGAUGAACUUCGUAACUAUGCAUUAUAUGCAAUCAAACAAGAAGAUGUGAUCGAAUCUAAUUUGUAUUUAAGUUUACUCGUUGAAAAAUUUGAAUUGAAAUGUAAAUUUCAAAAUGAUCCAGAGACAAAUCCUUCAAUUUCAACAAAGAAACCUCUAGAUACAUCAAUUACUCAAGAUUUGCAAUCAGUUCUCUACGUUAUUUUAAACCAUAUUAUGGUGUUUAAAGGAUCUGAACAUUGUAUUAAAGUCUUAAAGUAUAUGCUUAAAAACCACUUGGAAGUUAAUUUCAAAACUUUAAUUGCAGUAAUGAAUAAUUUAAGACGUCAAGGUUAUUAUAAUGAAGCAUUAAUCUUGAUGAAAAAUAUAAAUUUAAAUGAUAAAACAAAGGAUGAAAAGCAAAUUUUAGUUGAAGAAAUUUUGUCAUUAAUCAUUCAAAAAUAUCCAAGAGAACCCAAGAUUUUAUUAGGAUACAUGUUGGCAUUUUCCCAAAAUAUACCAUUAUUCCAUAAGCUUCAAUUAUUAAAAGUGAUUUAUGGUAGUGAUAAUGACAUUGAACAUUGGGAAAAUUCAAUCCAGAUAGCAAAUGUUGAUCCAAAGCUUAAAGAGUCGAGACUAUCCAGUCAAGCACUUUCUGGACUUUAUCAAACUGUGUUACAGACAAUGAAAAAGGAAAAUAUCUAUCAACAGUUACGCCCUCUUUAUCAUUCGUAUAUGGAACAUGUUCCACAAUUGAAGAAUUAUCAACAUGAUGAUAAAAUCAUAACCUUAUUUUUGAAAUAUUUAUUAAAACGUCAACCUAACAGUAAAAAAAUGGAUGUUUAUGAAAAUUUGAAUAAUUAUACACUUGCGAAGGAGAUAUUUGAGAGUUUCCAUGAAAAUAAAGUAAUGCUGCUGGGUUCACAUACAGUUUAUCUAUAUGAUUUACUCAUCUAUUCUAGUUUAAUGGUUCAUAAAGAUUAUGUGUUUGCAGCAAAUGUGAUCAAAAAAUCUCGUUCAUUAGGGUUACCAUUAUCAUUCAACCAAAUUUAUCCUUUCAUUAUGUUCCAUUAUUCUAGAAAUGAAUUCGAACAAGCAGAAAUGUGGUACCGAGAACUUGUCAAGCAUGGAGUGAAAGCAAAGGCUACUCCCGUUAAGGAAGUGUUUAGGAUUGCAAGAGAGUUAAACUGGGAAGUUUCAGGGUUUGUUUAUAGGAAAUAUGGUAUUCUUCUGAAUCAGAAAAAGAGAAGUGAACUUAAAAAGGUACUGGUUGACCGGAUUUCAUUUAUUGAAAAGGAAGAACUUGAAGAAAAUGUUACAGAUGAACUAGUUGGAGGUGGGUAUGAAGAAGAAGGGGAAAUUAACCUUGGAGAUGAAAUCUCGAAUCUAUUGUUUGAGAUUGAACAUAAAAAGGACUAA